UUUUUUGAUGCUGCUCCAUCUCAAAAUGGUACCUAUAGCUAUGGUAGAAUCAAUUUAGGAAUCGUUGGAGGAGACAAAACAGACAUCAGCGCACAUCCAUACCAAGUCUCAGUUCAGUAUUACGACCGUCAUUUUUGUGGAGGAUUCCUGAUUUCAUCUACAUGGGUAGUAACAGCAGCUCAUUGUCUUACACAGGGCUACAGUACAAAUCUUAACAUUAGAGCUGGUAGCUCAAGAGCCCAUAGUGGUGGUCAAGCUGUGAAUGUAAUAAAGUAUGUAAUUCACUCUUCCUACAGUGACUAUACACUCAAUAAUGAUAUUGCCUUACUACAAUUGGCUAGUGCUGUAACUGUAGCUAAUGCUAAAGCUGCUACUCUUCCUGAAGCUGGUGAAGCUCUUGCAGAUGAUACCAGUAUUACGGUAACCGGUUGGGGAGCAACAAGGGAAAAUAGAGCUGGUUCAGAAGAUUUGUUGCAAGUAGUUGUUCCAAAAGUUAGUCAAACUACCUGUGCACUUCGAUACCCUGGCUCAAUAACAACAAAUAUGUUCUGCGCUGGCUACCUGGGAGUCGGAGGUAAAGAUGCUUGCCAAGGCGACUCCGGUGGUCCAGCUUCAGCAAACGGAAAAGUAGUUGGCAUUGUUUCUUGGGGGACCGGGUGUGCCAACGCUCUAUAUCCAGGAGUCUAUGCUAAUGUUGCUAGCGUGCGAAACUGGAUUAGACAGAAUUCAGGAGUUUAAUUUUUUACAAGAUAACAUUACAUGCUGGACUUUGCAAAUGGUUACAUAAUGUAUAAUAAUAAACAAAUAAAAAAGUUGCUAUUA